AUGGCUCCGACGGCUGAGAAGCUGGAGACAUGGGAAGAUACCGAUGGAAAGGAUCGCCCGAGGGCUCUGCUGGGCCAAAGCCUCCUUCCGGGCAGGUACAAUAAGGUUAGCACCAUGGGGCCCGGACAAGCACUGAUGAUGAGUGUCGCCACGAAGCCCCUCAAUACCGUCAUGUACGGUCCUGAUUGUCCGGAGGACUCCCGCCACAGGGUGCUGGUCACGAAGACUGCACCUCCCAUCCUGCUGCUGGAGCUCAAUGCCGUGGCCACCUUCAACAUGAUGGACCCCGACACCUCUCAGGACAUCCUCUUCGGCAUGGAUGCCGUCAAUCAGUUGCUGAAGAGCCCGAAGGCUCUGAAUGGACGGCCUCUGGCCUACGUGAUCCAGGGCUCCGGUCCGCACUUCUGCCCAGGCGGAAACCCGAACCCAAAGCUCUACCCUGGACACAUUCCGCUGACGGUCAAUCAGUAUGCAGGCUAUUUGCCUUUCAUCAGGUGCCGAGAGAUGGCUCUUCCAGGCAUUUGUGCAUUGCAUGGCUCAUUGGUUGGCGGUGGUGUUGCCUACUCUCUGAACAAUCCAGUGCGGUUCGCAGAUAGCAAGGCUUCGGCAUGCUUUGGAAACUUGAGUCGUGGGGCUGUUCCUGGUAUGGUGCUGUCGUCCAACAUCCCACAGGCACUUGGGCUACAUGGUGCUUUAGACAUCUACCUCACGGACAACACCUACAGCACCUAUGCAUGCGUCAAAGCCGGAUAUCUGCACGGUGUCCAGGGCAGCAUUGCUGCGGUCAAGCAGGAGGCGCUUAAGCAGGCCAGGCGACUUGGACAAUCUCCCUUCGGCAUGCGUAUCGUAGGCAUCAAGCCCGAGCUGGAUGUGGAACGCUUCGGUUUGGAGGCAUGGGCCAUUGAUCUAGGAGCUCGAACAGAAGGAGUCUUCCGGAACGUGGGCGGAAAGAGCCCCAAGGAGCUGGAAGCUGAGGCAAAAGCCAAGGAGCAGGAAGAAAAGGCGAAAGCCGAACCGAAGCAGGAGGACUGGAACGAAUGGCGUAGGAGGCAGAUCCAGCCAAAGAAGCGCCCGAAGCGACGCGCCCGCCGCCCUGCAGCAGCAGGCUGA